AUGUGGAACUGUGCCUGGAGUGAGGCAGGCGCUCCCCAUUUCCAGCCCCUGUCUGCUUUGCUUGCUUUCAGCUUCGGUUUCAUGGAGAAACUGAAGAGAGAUGACCUGUCCAUUGGAUUGUAUGGCUUCAAGUCUGGCUCCAUGCGGCUGGGGAAGGGUGCCAUCAUCUUCACCAAGGCUGGAGGGGUUCUCAGUGUGGGGCUGCUUUCCCAAACCUACAUGGACUGUGUCCAUGCUGAGACAGUGAUUAUCCCACUGGUGUCAUUCAACCAGCAAAACGAGGAAACGAUUGUUACUGAAGACUCUGUGUCUAGCCUGGAGGCCAUCCUGGAGCAUACCCUCUUCAACACUAGGGAGGAGCUGCUGGCACAGUUCGAUGCCAUUCCAGGCAAAAAGGGCACGUGCAUCCUCAUCUGGAGCAUUCGCAGAAAUAAAGAUGGGAAGCUGGAACUGGAUUUUGAUAUGGAUGAGCAUGAUAUUGAGAUAGCAGACUUCCUUGCAGACAACAGCGAGACUCCCAGCAGAAAAGCAUACUGCAGUAUCUUGUACCUGAAGCCUCGCAUGUGGGUCGUCCUGCGACAGAAGGUGAACACUCAGCUGAUUGCCAAGAGCCUGGCCAACACUGAAUAUGAUUUUUAUAAGCCAAGAUUCAUCAGCAAAAGGGUGAAGAUCACCUUUGGGUUCACCUGCAAGAAUAAAAGCCACUACAGGAUCAUGAUGUACUGCAACAACUGUCUCAUCAUCUAUGAGAAGGUGGGCUGUCAAAGGAAGGGAAUUGAGAUUUGA